AGCCUUUUCAUUCCUGGUCCAGAAUGCCAUCUCACAGCGCAUCGCAACGCUAUCUCAGCACGCGAGGAGGCUCCUACGAUUUCUCCUUCGAAGAUGUUGUGUUGAAAGGCCUGGCGCAAGACGGCGGACUAUUCAUACCAGAGGACAUCCCUACCCUCCCGCCCGACUUUCUUACCAAAUGGCAAGACUAUUCGUUUGAAGAGCUCGCUUUCGAAAUAUUCACGCUCUAUAUUUCCCGCCAAGAGAUCCCCGAAGCAGAUCUCAAGGACAUCAUAAAACGAUCGUACGAGACGUUCAGAGCGCCAGAAGUCACACCGCUCGUCACGUUGGACAAGAGCAAGAAGCUGCAUUUGCUCGAGCUCUUCCACGGACCGACCUUCGCGUUCAAAGACGUUGCCUUGCAAUUCGUAGGCAACUUGUUCGAGUACUUUCUCGUUCGAAGGAACCAAGGCAAGAAGGAUGAGAACAGGGAACAUUUGACUGUCAUUGGCGCGACAUCGGGAGACACUGGCUCGGCAGCUAUCUAUGGGCUGAGAGGCAAGCAAGAUGUAUCGGUCUUCAUAAUGUAUCCCAAGGGCAAGGUCAGCCCCAUACAAGAAGCCCAGAUGACAACAGUCCCAGAUCAGAACGUGCACAACAUCGCAGUACAAGGCACGUUUGACGAUUGUCAAGGCAUACUCAAAGACUUGUUCGCCGACAAGGAGAUGAACGAGAAGUUCCGCCUUGGGGCUGUCAACAGCAUCAACUGGGCCAGAAUUCUUGCGCAAAUCACAUAUUACAUCCAUUCCUACUUUUCCCUCGUACGGCAGACGAAGGAAUCAAAUCCCAAGUUCCGCUUCGUUGUGCCCACGGGUAACUUCGGAGACAUCCUGGCUGGAUACUUCGCGACGCGCAUGGGCCUUCCGACCGACAAACUUGUGAUUGCGACCAACGAAAACGACAUUUUGCACAGAUUCUGGAAGACGGGGUCGUACGAGAAGAAGCCGAAGCAUGGCGCUGAAGCUGAAGGAGGCCUAGAAGAGGAUGGAGCCAAGGCCGAUCCAUCUGGUGUCAAAAUGACCUACGCUCCUGCCAUGGACAUCCUGGUGUCGUCAAACUUUGAGCGACUCUUGUGGUUCCUGGCGUACCAGACUAGCAAUGUCGAAGAAGUCAAUAGACGCCGCAUGGUUGCUGGCGAACGCGUGAAAGGCUGGCUGGAGUGGCUGAAGUCGGAGGGAGGAUUCGAUGUGGAGAAGGAGAUUCUCGCUGCUGCCAAGAAGGAGUUCGAGAGCGAACGUGUGUCCGACAAGCAGACCAUCGACACAAUCAAGGACGUGUACACCUGGACCUUGCCGGAAUCGAGCGCAGUCAACGGCAAGCACAAGCCGGCCACGACUGGAAUGCUGCAUAAUGGUCAUUAUAUUCUCGACCCGCACUCUGCCAUCGGUGUUGCUGCGGCACUGCGUUCAGUCAAGGCGUCGCAGGAUGCAGGCUCGAAUGUGCAUCACAUCUCGCUCGCGACAGCUCACCCUGCCAAGUUCUCUCAUGCUGUCGAGCUGGCUCUCAAGGACGUGGAAGGCUUUACAUUCGAGACGGUGCUGCCAGAGCAAUUCAUUGGUCUCGACAAGCUUCAAAAGCGCAUCACCGAAUCAUCAAGCGAUUUCAAGGAAGUUCGGAACAUCGUCAUCAAGGAAGUGCAGUCAGAAAAGACACGGUAGUUCUGAGAGCAGAUCAAGGGCGGCAAUAGAAAAAAAGCGCAAAGAGAAUACAGAUGCUUCCAACUUGCAGAGGAGGAUUUUUGCGUGGUCAAGAAAGCAAAGACCCGUAGACAUAGACGAUAAUCUACGCUAUCAAGGCUGGUUCGCACGUGGCGGCCAGAUAGUUUUGGGGGGCGCUUCAAAGCAGACAAGUCGUGCCGGAUAGCGUGGACGGCAUCAGAGUCAAUUUAGAGGCGUUCAAGAAUUGGUGGGUGGUAUCUGAUGAUGCUUGAUGAAAAUGUGAUGAGAUUCAUGAUAG